CAUCCACAUCCAUACGUGACCGACCCAUCAGCAUCGGAGUCAAACCCUCCUUCACAGCACAGCCAGCCCGGCCUCGGUCCCCUCCUGCUCACUGGCGCCCUCCACUUCACUCCGCUCACCCAUGCGCCGCCGGUGACCAACCCCAAUGGGCUGCGUCCACGGCCGCCCUGCGGUGCCCAGCCCCGACCGCCCGCCGCCCCCGCUCCCGCCCGAGCCGGCCCCCGCUUCGGCGGCGGCGCCGCAGGAGGCCGCGGUCGCCGCCGGGAAGGCAGAGCAUGCGGCAGCCCCCGCAGAGAAGCGGGCCCGGCGGGAGAGGCGCUCCCGCUCGUCGCGCCCCGGCACCGGCCCCGGCCCCGGCGGCGGCAGCUUCGCGAACAGGGCGCGCGGGGAGCAGGUCGCCGCCGGCUGGCCCGCCUGGCUCUCCGCCGUUGCCGGCGAGGCCAUUGAUGGCUGGACCCCGCGCCGCGCCGACUCCUUCGAGAAGAUCGACAAGAUCGGGCAGGGCACGUACAGCAACGUGUACAAGGCGCGCGACACGGUGAGCGGCAAGAUCGUGGCGCUCAAGAAGGUGCGCUUCGACAACCUCGAGCCCGAGAGCGUCCGCUUCAUGGCCCGCGAGAUCCUCAUCCUCCGCCGCCUCGACCACCCAAACGUCGUCAAGCUCGACGGCCUCGUCACCUCCCGCAUGUCCUGCAGCCUCUACCUCGUCUUCGAGUACAUGGAGCACGACCUCGCCGGACUCGCGGCCAGCCCGGACAUCAAGUUUACCGAGCCACAGGUUAAGUGCUAUAUGCAUCAGUUGCUGUCGGGUCUGGAACACUGCCACGACCGGGGGGUGCUGCACCGCGACAUCAAGGGGUCGAACCUGCUUUUAGACAACAAAGGCAUGCUGAAGAUUGCGGAUUUCGGUCUGGCAUCGUUCUUUGAUCUGGACCGUAAGCAGCCGAUGACGAGCAGGGUGGUGACCCUAUGGUACCGGCCGCCGGAGCUGCUUCUGGGUGCGACAGAUUAUGAUGUAGGUGUGGACCUGUGGAGCGCAGGGUGUAUCCUAGCCGAGUUGCUGGCUGGGAGUCCUAUUAUGCCAGGACGAACUGAGGUGGAACAGCUGCAUAAAAUUUUUAAGUUGUGUGGCUCCCCCACAGAAGAAUAUUGGAAAAAAUCAAAGCUUCCUCAUGUAACGAUAUUUAAACCUCAGCAGCCAUACAAAAGGCGAAUAAGGGAGACAUUCAAAGAUUUUCCACAAUCAGCAUUGCAAUUGAUCGAAACACUGCUCGCAAUUGACCCAGCUGAUCGUUUAACAGCCACUUUUGCAUUAAAAAGCGAUUUCUUUACAACUGAACCUUAUGCAUGCGAAUCGUCAAGUCUACCAAAGUAUCCUCCAAGCAAAGAAAUAGAUGCAAAACGAAGAGAUGAAGAAUCCAGACGUUUAAGAGCUGCUGGUGGUAGAGCUAAUGGUGAUGGACCCAAGAAGACAAGGACACAUGAUCGACCUAAGGCAGUUCCAGCUCCAGAGGCAAAUGCUGAACUUCAAGUAAAUAUUCAUAAAAGAAUGCUAAUCACUCAUGCAACUGCAAAAAGCAAGAGUGAAAAGUUCCCUCCCCCGCAUCAGGAUGGCGCAGUCGGUGUUCCUUUGGAUUCUUCAAAUCAUAUGGAUCCUCUAUACGAACCCCUAGACCCAUCUUCCUUCAGCACUGUGUUUGCUUAUGAGAAAGGCGCUGUGCCUACUUGGUCUGGACCAUUGGUUGAUCCUGCCGCAGUUGCGAACCAAAAGCGGAAGCACAAGUCAGGGCGCUUGUCGAAACAACCGGCCACUGCCCGUGCUUGGUAAGAUCCUGAUAAAUGAUAGGUAAAAGAGUAUUUAUUGUGGAGAAAUAUUCUGCGGUGGUACCUGCACGCUGUUUUACAAAUGAGGCAUGAGAUGAUAAACAAUUUUCGUGGUGAGUUUUGUCAUGUAUGGAUUUCUUUCUAACACCAUUGUACAGGUUGGGGAGGGAGCUCAAGUAGUUACUUCUGUAAAAUAGUUUCUCUUUUGUAUUUUUACAAGCAGCUGCAUUUGAUGUUAGAUUCAUUCGAACGGAAGCUUAAGCCUCUAGCGUUUCACCUUCCAUUGUACUAACAUUGUCUGAAUUGCUACCUAUAUAAUCAUUUGUCAUCAAUUCAGUGGAAACUUUCAACUGGUA